AUGCCAGGCCCGUCGCUGGAAUUCGCAAAGUCCGGUCUUGGACGCGACGCGGUCAAAGCAGGAAUGGUCAAAGACGACCACAAACUUCGUGAACUGGGAAACGAGCUGUCACUUGCUGAGGAGGAGCAUGGUUUGCUGGAAAGAGAAAUGCAUUUGAUCCAGAAGCCUCUGAGAUAG